AACUCGAACUCCAAGGAUGAGUUCAUUCAUAAUCAUAAUGUCAAUAUCCAUUACAUUAAUAUAAUGAUCAUGUCUAAAAGAACUAGAUUCUUGUUGUAUAUAUAGUAUAUAGAUCUAGUCAGUAUUAUUUGAUGACAGAUCUAGUUGUGGAAUUCAUCGGAUUACUUCUGAAGUUCUGAGUCUAAAAUCUAACUCAACUAACUGAGACGUGGUCUGGUGGUCCGUGGUUUGGUACUAUUUAUUUUAUUUGGUAGUGUAGUGUUUGAUUCAACCAAGAGUUGUUCAUUGUGACACUCAUUGACAAGAAUUGAAAAUGAUCACAGAUAAAUUGCCAAGUUCUUUAGAUUGUGAAAAUACCCGUAAUGGAAAACUGUUAAAUGGUGAUCUUCCUAAUGCUCAGACAAAGGUUCCUCAUGUAAAAAUUCAACUUCCUUUAGUUGAAUCAUCAACUCAAACAGACCAAGAACUGCUUAAUGAGCUCAAGUAUUACAACAAGCUUGGUUUCACCAGUUUGAAUGCAUAUCCUGCUUCCUAUGACAACCAUUACUCUGCAGAAUCUCAAGUAGAGUCUCAAGUUAUUGACAGUAUGGCCCCAUCAAUCAGUAAUGGACAUAACGGUAUAGCAAAAUCCAUUUUAGUGGACUCAAAAUUGAAUUCUCAACAAAGGAAAAGUGGUCUGUCGUGUUAUUUAAUUGCUCUAAGGCCGUGGUCGUUCACUGCUUCAAUUACACCGGUCGCACUUGGAAGUGUUCUGGCAUAUAAAUCAUUGGGAGUGUUUAGCUUUGGGAUUUUUUUUACAACAAUGUUCACAGCUCUGUGUGUCCACGCUGCAGGGAACAUUGUCAACACAUAUUUUGAUUUUGUCCGCGGCGUCGACAAUAAAAAAAGUGAUGACAGGACAUUGGUGGACAGUAUAUUGCUGCCUGGUGAUGUUGUAAGACUUGGGGCCGUGCUUUACAUUGCUGGUUGUGUUGGGUUCUGGAUUCUUUAUAUUCUAUCCCCUGCCAAAAUGGAACAUUUGGCUCUGGUUUAUUUCUGCGGGUUAUCCAGCAGCUUUUUGUAUACGGGUGGACUUGGGUUAAAGUAUAUAGCACUGGGUGAUAUUCUGAUUGUCCUAACGUUUGGUCCGCUGGCCGUGGUUUUCUCCCAUCUCAGCCAAACGGGUCAGCUGUCUCUCAUCCCUCUUAUAUAUGCUAUACCCCUAGCGCUAAACACUGAAGCCAUUCUUCAUAGCAACAACACCAGGGAUAUGGAGAGUGAUCGCAUGGCCGGGGCUAUAACUCUGGCCAUCCUCCUAGGCAAGACAGGCUCCUACUGCUUGUUCUGUUUUCUACUGUUUACACCUUAUUUUCUGUUUUUCACCAUAGGCCUGCAUUAUUCCCCUUGGCUGCUCAUGCCCGCCUUGUCAAUAUUCCUAGUGUUUAAGCUGGAGAAAAGCUUCAGGAAAGGCAACCUGACAGACAUGCCUCACCAAGUAGCUCAUCUUAAUUUAGUGAUGGGCUUGUUGUAUAUUGCCGCGCUUUACUUGGCUGAUUCUGGUUCACUUCCAUCCAUGACCCCGCUCUCCUGAUUUUAAACUAAUUUUAUGACAUAAAUACAUUUGGUUCAUGUGUUUUAGGUAUGUAUAUGCUUUUGAAAGUGUCAGUUAAUUUUCUUUUGUUGUUGCUUGGGCCUGUAUUGAGAUUUUGUUGAACUUUAUUAUUGCUGCUUGUUAUGCUUGGACACAAUUAAGUCUAAAAUAGAGUAUUUUUUACAUAACCAAAGAUGCUGUACUGUACUUUUUUAAAAAUUAUUUUCUUUUGUUGUUUGUGCUGUAAAGUAUUACAUUAAUUAAGCAUUUUCAAUUUGUUUGAUUCCAAGUUUUUAAUUGCAUAUUAUUAAUUUAUGCUUUUCAGUAGUGUAAAGUCCUUAAUCUAUUUUUUGUUGUUCAAACUGAGUAUUUUAAUAACCAUUGGUUUGUUAUGAAGAGAGAUGUGUUUAUUAUGGUUACUUUACUAGUCAAUGGGUUUAUUAUUAAGAUCUUCUAGUGUCAAAUUUUCUUUUUAGAGGAGAAUGCAUGAAAUCUGCUGAGCAAGUUUUUUUUUUACAGUGUGCCUGAUUUUUAAAGUAACCACAAUUCAUUGUAAUAUGAACAGUCUCAGAAACUACUUGUUUGAACUCUGACUGAAGGA